AUGGGCGCUCCUACUUCCCCCAUGGAUAUUUUCCGGAUGAUGAGAGAAGUUUCCGGCGAUAUCAUGGUCGGCCUUGACCUUGGCAGCACCUUCACCGUCGCCAUCGUCAACAACACCAUAUCCAAGGCUUUUGCUUCUCAUGGCUAUCCAUUCGAUGAUCAGGGCCCCGUGUACAUGGGCGAAGCUCGUCCAGCCAACCGCGAAGCUGUUUCGCUGAAGCAUGCGUUCUACAUUCUCGCCAACGCUUCAGACAGUCUUGUGGACCAAUACCCCAUGGUACACAAGCUCCGUCAACACGACAGCGAGGCAUUUCGCCAGAAACUUCGGACUGGCGUCUUGGAAUUCUUGAGAACAAUCCGAGGAUGGAUUCUGGCCAAUAUGCGCAAGCAUUGGAAGAUUGAUCGUCUCUCCGUUACCAUGCCGGCGCAAUGGGGGCGGGAGUUUCAAGAUGUCUUCCUGUCUUUGAUCGGAGAGGCCUUCGAGUGGAACCCUAGGACGACAAGGGAGAAAGUCGGCUUCGUCAAGGCCGCAGAUGCGCUGACGCGUUGCCUUUUGAGCACACCCAAGUACUUGGACAAGGUCAAGGCGCCAAAUGCCGAUCAAGUCUGGCUGGCCAUUGACUUUAGCGAAGAUAUUCUGAACGCAUCUAUGUUUUCGGUCAAACACAGAGCGGAGGGACAGCCGCGGUCUUUCAGACUGGAAGAGUCAUUCGGCGUCGGCGGUGGCAUUGAACACGUGCUGCACAACGUGAUGGCUGCCUGUGCCGUCAAGUGCCUUAACCAGGCUUCCGGCCCAGGACAUCCAAUGUGUCCUGCUAUCGCCGAGCAAAUUCGCGACGUAUUCACUGACUUACCGGCUGGACGAGAGUGGGGCCCUCAGCAGGAGGGAGAGAACCCGAGACCAUUUAUGUUUGGUGUGCCCCAGCCGGGAGCGCAGCCCCAGAAGUUCCUUGUGUUCAACUUCAGCCAGGAGGAGGUCACCCAGAUUUGGAACGACGCUCACAAAGCCGCCUUCCAGCUUGUGGGAAACCUACUGGAAAAGCUGAAGAUGAGGACCGUAGAGGCCAAACCCCCUCUCAUUAUCCCUCAGCCGGUGAUCUUCAUUGCGGGAGGUAGCAUCAGGAACAAGCCCCUGAAGCGCACGUUGAGCUCCAUGGUUCAAGAGGCCAACCUCCCCGCUCCGAUCUUCAUCGACUAG